GCACGACCUUGUGCUACCCCUUUGGUUGGGUUGGUGUGAUAUCUUCAAACUAGUAAUUCCAAUCUAUAAACACAAACAGAAAGUUAAAAUAAUUUUCUGACUUUUAUGUUUUAGCAAAAGAGUUUCUAUUCUAAUUUUAAUAACAAUAUUUCUAAGAAGUUUUUAAUAUUAUAAUACGAAUUAGAUAUCAUUUUACAAUUAAUUUUGUACCUGAAAUGUUGGCUACCUUGUCAAUAGAAUGAUUAAAAAAAUAUUUGUAGGCCGAGGCUAUUUCAUGUAAUGUUUUGGUUUUGUAGUAAGCUGUGGGAUACGUGUUUAAAAGUGACCUGAUUUCGGUGGAAUAGUUUGUUUUUGAAGUUAAUUCGAGUGUAGAAUGUGUUUCACGUAAAGCAUUGCAGGAACUAUGACGCAGGGUUGCCUGUAGAGCUUCACCCCCCCAACUUGCAUGAAGUGUAUGGAGAUCAGCAGUGAUGAGCCAGAACCUGCACAAUUCAACUCUCACGCAGAGGCUCCAGCCAGUGCCCCUGGUGGGGCCGUACACUGGAGGCGGGAGCUGGAUCCUGCCCAGCAAGCAGCACAUCCACAACGUUAACACAACAACCACCCCCACCACCACCACCACCGCCGCCAACAACACCACAACCAUCAUGGACAACAACAAGCAGUUGUCGCCGACGUUCGCCCAGAAGAGGGCGGAGGUCAAGCUCAACGCGAUGCCGUGGUUCCACGGAAAGAUCUCGCGGGACCAAGCGGAGCAGCUGCUCAGCCCCAAGGAGGACGGCCUGUUCCUGGUGCGAGAGUCCACCAACUUCCCCGGCGACUACACGCUGUGCGUGUGCUUCCAAGGCAAGGUCGAGCACUACCGGGUCAAGUACAAGGACAACCGCCUCACCAUCGACGACGAGGAGUUCUUCGAGAACCUGGCGCAGCUGGUUGAGCACUACGAGCAAGAUGCUGAUGGACUCUGCACUCAGCUGACCAAGAGCCUUUUAAAGAAAGGCAAGCCAGAGUUCUGUGUCGACACAAAAGCGUUCGAAAAAGCCGGCUGGGUCAUACCUGAAUCUGAGCUAGAGCUGCGGGAGUCCAUAGGCAAGGGAGAGUUCGGAGAUGUGAUGCUGGGUCUGCUAAGGGGAGAGAAGGUGGCUGUCAAAAUGCUCAAGGACUCCAGCGAAGCUGCCCAGAAGUUCCUAGCAGAGGCAACGCUCAUGACGUCGCUGCGACACGAGAACCUGGUGCAGCUGCUGGGCCUGGUGUUCAGCAGCAAGAAGCAGCACGUGUUCCUGGUCACGGAGUUCAUGAGCAAGGGCAGCCUGGUGGACUACCUGCGCUCGCGCGGCCGCCAGCACGUCACCAAGAAGGACCAGAUAAACUUUGCCUUCGACACGUGUUCCGGCAUGGAGUACCUGGAAUCUCGCAAGGUCGUGCACAGAGACCUCGCCGCGCGGAACGUGCUCAUAUCGGAAGAAGGUGUGGCUAAGGUGUCGGACUUUGGCCUUGCCAGAGAAGAGAACUAUACGGUCGAGACGAGCAAACUGCCUAUCAAAUGGACUGCACCAGAGGCACUCAAGCAAGGGAAAUUCUCAAACAAAUCGGACAUGUGGAGCUUUGGCAUAUUGCUGUGGGAAAUAUAUUCAUUCGGAAGAGUGCCUUAUCCAAGAAUACCUCUGGCAGAUGUUGUGAAGCACGUGGAGAAAGGGUACAAGAUGGAAGCCCCUGAGGGAUGUCCCCCGGAGAUCUACGAAAUGAUGAGACAGGCCUGGGACUUGCUGCCGGACCGGAGACCCAGCUUCCACGAUCUGAAAGGUCGGCUGGAGCAGUUGAAGCUGAUCACGAUCUGAGGCCGAUGGGCAAAAGUGUGAUAACCUGUACCUAUUGACGGUGAAGACGAGACACUCUGCAGGAAGAAAAAAAAAAUAUUUUUGUUAUUGUGUUCUGGUGUAUGAUUGUUUUAUUUCUCAAGAGGAUUUAUAUUUUGGUUGAUGGUGGUGUGGGCGGGUCGCUAGGAUUGGAGAACCGGGGGGCCAGUAAGUACAACACUGUCUGUGAUAAAGUGCAGACGACAUUAAAAAAAAAUUGUUUUCCGUUGUCAAGUGUGUAAGUUACAGUGGGCCCUUGAUAACCAUACAUCUGUUCCUUAAGAGUAAUUUAGUUAAAAAAAAAAUAAAUAAAGAUAUAUAUUUAUUUGUAAAUACUUUAAUAUGUAUAGUUGUGGAGUUAAGAAAAUAAUCUGAUUAUCAGAGGUUCUAACAGGAGUUAUGUUAAAAGGAGCCUACAUUUUCUAUAAAUUUACAAUCUAGUUACUUUCUUUUGCAGUUAUGUAAUGAAAAAUAAAAGAACUAGAUGCUUGUAAAUAUGAGUUAAAAAAGUUUUAGUAAUGGGAAAUUUCCCUUCUUGAGCACAGUUUUAUAUGUUUAUGCAUUUCAUAUUUUCAGGCUCUGAAUUAAUGAAUAGUAACAUAGUUUAAUUAUCUCUUCCAUGUUUAAUAGUCAGUAUAGACUAUAUAUAUGUAUUUAGAGCUUAAUUGUUUGUUGCCUCCAAUUACAUUUACAGGUAAUGUUUCAAGUCCCUUCAGUUUUAUAUUAUAUGGCACUGUUUUUCUACUAUAUUUUUUUUGUAGCUUUUUUCUACUUAAAAGAAAAUGUACCUAUGGAAAUUUUUAUUAUCAUCAACUUACAUUUUUAAUGUUUUAUUUAAGUCUUCUGCUUAUCAAAACUAAUUAGAAUUUAUAAUAAUUUUUUGCUGGAUUUAGUUAGCCACCAGGUAAUCAAAUUAGGUUAAUUAUGUAUGACAUUGAACUGAUGCAACAGUUUUGCAUUGAUAUUGAUGUCUUUGUAAUUCAUAAUUUUGUUUUUAAUUAUUUUAAGCUCCGGGAGCUGAUUUAAUCAAUUGUUGCUCUGCGACAGCUAAUUUUUUUUUUUUGUAAACUAUUGAGACUUAUAGGUAAGUUUGGUUAAAUUUUAUGUAGUUGCUUGUCACUUGAGUGACUCUAAAACUCGUUCUAGUCCUAUUUUGAAUUUUAUCAUACUAGUCCUUACAUAUAUAAUUUUUUUUUAUUUAGUUGCUAUUUUCAACUUGAAUUUCUUUGCCUUGAAAUUUCUUCAUUUACCCGAUGUCGGAGGUAGGCAAUCGGUUUUAAGAAUGUUGAGAAUUUUGCAACUGUUUAUCAGUUGACAUGAGGCUCUACGGAAAGACGAAUAUGUCAAUGCUGCACAAGGAAAUGUGGAUAUCGAGGGCCCUUUGCACCUACAUACAUAUCUUCUGAAUGUGAAUAUGAGCACCUUUGUGCACAUAUUCUAUUAUUCUAUGUGAACGAAAAUAUGCACAUGACUGAAGUGUUAUAAAUUAUGUAUGUUUAAAAUCAGAGCUACUCUUUUUGAUUUCAAUAAAUGGUGUGUUUGAGUUUUAAUAAAUCGUAAUGCUAAUGUCCCUGUAUUUGAAUUACAUAUUUUUUUUAUGUCUGGUUGAGAAUUUCAUUGUUUGGCCGGCAAUAGUUAAAGAAGCUAAUUUUGAUAUUUUGACAAAAAUAAAAUAUUUCAUUUCCAGUCUUAUUUAAUUGUGGUUAUUGUGAUCAUAAUAUGUAAUCAAUUGUUAACCUGAAAUACUUGUUAUUGAACACUUUUGAAAUUGGCUUAUGGACUAAUAUAAUUUUUGCCUGGUAUGCUUAGAAAUUGUGCAUUAGUGCAAGCUGUGUUGAAAUUAAAAAAAAAAAACCUUUACUUACUUCUAUUGUGUGACCAUGGCGCAAUUAACAUACUAUCACUUAUUAACUCUCAACAGUCUUGAAUUUUUACAGUAAUUAAUAAAUAAUAAUACUACCUAAUAUGCAAUGAAUCUAUUGGGCCGAUUUUCUUCAUAACUGGUCUCAAAAGUGUUUACGUAAAAAUUAAAUAACCAUGCGUGGACCGAGAGACUUGAGAGUCUAGAAUCCAGGUCACACUGUUGUCUUUUGAGAAUUUUGACCCAUGCAAGAAGUGUAUGUAAUGUGUGGGGAGGGGGGGGGGUAGCUUCAAAAGUGUUCCAUUUAAUGUACGUAUGACUGUUACAUUGCAUAAAAGUUACUAUACGUCUUGAAAAAAAAUUGUGAAAAUGGUUAGUCUGCUGCCUAAGAAUUAAAAUCCUUUGAGAGAAAUUCUCAUUUGAAAUAUUGUAGCUCUAUAAUGAAUGGCAAGGGGUAGGAAAGUUAAAGUAAGUCUGCGACCAUUCAGUUACAAAGUUUUAAUAAUUUUAAUAAACUUUUGUUUGUAAUAUAAUGCCAAAUAAACACUGUGUACAGUAGCACAAUUAAUCCUUUAUACUAUUGAGUUGUUGGUGUAAGUGUACUGAUGUUGUGCCUUGUGGCAUUAUCGUGGAAAUGUUUUUUAUUGUUUGUUGGAAGUGACUUAUCAUGCAUGUACCAUCAAGUAAAGUCGGCGGUGACGUAACUUGUCUCAAAUUUGACAAUUCCCAAAAGUAGUACCAAUGUUCUGUGUAUUCUGUCAGUUGUAUUUGUAAACUACUUUACAUGGUUGUUGGUGUUUGUAAGCAAAUGUGUGUUUCUUUGCAAUUCACACAAGAGCCCGUACCUCCCUAGAAUCAUAAAAACCCUCUUUGUGGAGGGGGGGGUGCCUACUUGCUCUUGCAAGAUCUCGACUAUGGAACGGGAAUGAUACAUGUAUUCCUGCAGCGGUUUUCCCCUCCCACUUUACCCGGGAAUCCUAGAUUUUUGCCCCUGAUGGCUACUGUUGGGAAUUUGUCAAAUUUGAGAAAAGUUACGUGACACGCACACACCAUAGUGAAUUGUCUAUUAGUAACGAAAACCGUUGUAAUUUUAUUAUUGUGGUAGUUUUAACAUUUGUCUAAAAAAAAGUUUAUGUUGUAUAAUUAUCAGUUAAUGAUAAUUGCAUGUUAUUGGGUGGGUUAAAAUGUUUAGGAUCUUUUUUUUUUUUUUUUUUAACUUGGUCUAACUUGUCCCCACAGACACUUGUUUUUCAGUAUUAGCAUAUUAGGCUGUCUAGUAGAAUAACACAUGGGCGAAACUCAAGAGUUGAAUGAAAACAGGAUAAAUUAAGCAUGAUAAUUCAUCCUGAUGUACCUUUUAUCAUAAUGUUUUACUAUUUUUUUUUUUUUUUAGUGUAAGUCAUUACACUGUAUAUAAAUUUAAUUGUAAUUUGGUUUUACUAUUUUUAUUUUGUUAUUGUGACGAGAAUACGUUUAUCAUACAGCUGCACGAAACGUGUCUUUGCUGUGACUGGAACUGGAGGUUUAAGUUAAAUGUUAAAAAUAUUUCCUUACAAUACUUGCAAGAUAAUGGGGGGUUUUUCCCCAUUUAUUUUUAUCUUUAAAAUAAAAGUAAUGUCUGCUAUGUUAUAAAAUUUUUGUUAAGUGCCCUUGUUGCCUUUUCUGUAGUGGCACAAAACAAUCAUUCAUGAGUUACAGCAACACGCUGAAAUUGAGUUUCUUCACAUCUCUUUAAAGUUAUUACCUAUAUAUUCCUAGCUUGCACACUUGGAGACAGCAACACAUCAUCAUCAUCAUCAUCAUCAUCAAUCAUUCUCAUCAUCAAUCAUUCUCAUCAUCAAUCAUUCUCAUCAUCAAUCAUUCUCAUCAUCAUCAUCAUUCUCAUCAUCAUCAUCAACAACAACAACAACAACAACAACAACCUCAUCAACUGCUUACAGCCUGUAGUGUACCAACAAAGAAAGAAACACAAAUUUUCAGAGACAUUUAUUACUUGAGUUAAAUUUUAUCCGUCUGGUUAUUUUUAGUUGCCGCAAAAAGCUAGAACUGAACUCAGGAAAUUGUGUAACUAACAAAGGUCAGUUUUAAUUUUUAACCAGCCACUAAAUUAUCUAAUAUUUAAAUGGUGGUUUAAAAUAUACAUACUUGCAAAUAUGAACUAUCCAUGAGACCAUGACUAAAUGAGGUAUGUGAAAAUAACAGUUGCUACAAAUUCUAAAUUGAUGCUAAAUGUUUUAUCAAUGGUCACAAAAUCAACAGCAAUUUCAGGUUAGUUUACAAAGAAUAAGUUUUUUCUAAACAAACUUUUAAUAACCUAUCUCCAGAAUCCUUGGUUUUGUCAAAACUAAUUAUACAUCAGUUACAAAUAAAUGUUGUCUUGGUUAGCAAUAAACAUAAUUUUUGUUGCAUGGAUAUGCAUUUUCUGUAUGAGAUGAUGCGACAAAAAAGUUGGAAGAACGACGCUAACAAAAGAUGAGUCUAUAAAAUCUUGCAGUGUAGUUUAGGAUUACAAGAAAAUCAAAACCAAAAAUGUUUUAAUGCAGUCACUUUCAAAACAUUGCCACAUUGGCAAUUUUGCUAGCAUUAUGUAUUUAGUAUAAUAUGUAAGAAAUAGUAAUGGUCACUACUGUAAACAUCUAGUUUAAAAUACAAAGAUGCAAAAUAACUACUUAUAAGAGCCAUUGCAAAUGAUUUCAAACUUCUGAAUAAGAAGUGUGCUGAAAUGUGCUAUAAAAUGCUUUUUUUUUUUACGUACCUUUAUCUAUGACUAUGAUUAAAAUUUUAAGUACCAAGUCUGCUUUCUUGAUAUAAGAACUUGAUUACUUGUAUGAAAAUGGAUAAAAAAAUGUUUAAUCAAUUUAUAAGUUAAUAAGAACAAAUACCUUCCUUAUUACCUGUGAGUUAUCCUGAAGCGAAUUGACAAAUGAAAACAAAUAUAUGGAUUUUUAUACAUACAUCAAAUAUUUAAAAUUUUUGUAAAUAAACUUUUGUAUGCAAAUCAUCUUGGAGACAAGAUUUUAAUGUUAUAUUUUCGAUCAAUUUCAUUUUUUAAAUAAGUUUUUUCUAUAUUUUUUAGAUUUUGUUUAUAAAUAUCCAAUUAUUAAUACUAAUAUAUUACUAUUAUAUAUUAAUACUAAUAUAUUACUUUAUAAGUAUUUCACCAAAAGAGUUUAGUUUUGACUGUGAGAUGUUACACAUUUUUAUAAUGAAAUAAUUAAUUUUAAGCUUUUAUAGAAUAUCUGCAAGAAUUUUUGUGUUGGAAAAAUGUAUUUACAUACAUCAGUGAUGUAAAAUGAGUCGGUAAAAACAAUUUUAAACUAAGUAAAAAUAAUUUUUUUCUUAUAAAUUUGGUUCAUACAUUUUAGUUUCAACUUUCAGUUUGAAUUAAUGGUAUUAUUAAAUUUCAUGAUUUUAGUUGAAUUUGAUGCUGUUUGGUAUAUUAACUGGAAUUUGAUUGUUAAUAUGGUUUAUUUAUAAGUUUUUUGGUGUAGUUUCUGUUUUAUCGAAAUUCCCCAUAAAAUCUUAUCCCCAGUCACCGCUGAUGGUAACUCACAUAGACAGUGCAUUGGUAGUACAACAUGAAGCUAAAGUGAACCAUUUGUCAGGAGUCACUUGUGUAGCAGUGUGUGUGCAUUAUGCUAUAUGGUAUUGUAAAAGACAAGUUAUAUGUAAAGACUGAGUUAUGGUCAACUGUUAAUAUUUUCUUUUUAUUUAAGCAGUGUCUUAACGUGUAGCUGUUGACAUUAGGUUCCCGUAGGGUUCGUAAUUGUCUAGUAAUUUGCUGGGAAAGGCUUCUAAAGAAAAAUAAUUUCUUCGCAGAAUAACUAUUAUGGACUGCACUCAUUUUAUAUUGUUAUUUUGGUGGUAAUUGGUUGUCAUAAAGAAUUUACAACAGCUCUAAAUAGCAGUGGACAUUUUAAGUUUUUGGUUUGUAAAGCUCAGUCAUAAUUUACUUGCAUGCACAGUAGUAUACUUUUACUUUCAAACAUAGAAAAAUAAUUACGUAGUUGUAGUUAUCAUUGGUAGAAGAUGGUUACUAUACAGGCUAACAGUAAUUUUAAAGCAGACCUAUUAGGCAUAUUGUUCAUUUCUGUCACAGAUAAAAUUUUUACGUGUCUUGACCCCACCAUUUCUGCUAUGUGAUGUGUAGUUGCUUUAGAUUAUUUCCAACAUGUUACAACUUUACAUUUAAAUUGAUUUACAGAGUAUUUUUUAUGGAAAAAUAUAUUUACAAACAAAUACUAAUUUAGUCGAUGGUUGUGUUCACUACUAAGUUGCUGUCAUACAAAAUUACUAGGGACAAUAUUGAUAACCACCCAGUAGAAUGAAAAAAAGAAUUAAUUUUCCAAAUAUUAUUCAAUGAAUUCCAAAAGGAUGUACGUAUUUGAUUUCGUUCUUGGAUUUAGAUACUUUAGCUGCAUCUGCUACUUUAUUUUUCUGUCAUGUCUUUAGAUAUGUGUUGGUAUUUGUUAAGUAUCUCAAUUCUGGUGAUUUAAAAAUGGUAUAGUACGUAUCUAGUUGUUUUUAAUUCAGUUACGCCAAUUUUCAUCAUGGUUUGAUCAACUGGUUUAUGGUAUGCAUUGCAAUACAGAAUUCAUAAAUUAUGAUAAUUAUCGAUUUCAAGUAAAUGUUAACUAUCAGUUGAAUUUUUAUGUGUAAUAAUAUAUUUACAUACUAUUUUUAAUUUAUGUAAACUAAACAUUUUUUCACUAUUCAAUUGUGUAUUUCAAAGUUUCUGAAGUUUUUUUACCAACAAAGUAUCUUAGAUGGCUACAGACUCAUGGGUAUAUUUUAAAUGAACUUAAAGUAAAUGUUUGUUUUAUUUUUAAAAGGAUUUACACUGUUAUUUUGUUUUGUAUUACAUUAGCAUAAUGCACCAAACUGCACAAUUAUAUAUAAAUUGUGUAAUUUUAGUUGUAGUAUUUUCAGUGUUAGUGUCCAGUUUUUUUUUUCUUUUUUCUUUGUCAGAAAUUAUGCUCACCUCAAUAAUAACAGGUAGUUGGAUUUGUGGGUGUGUGUGUGUUUGUGUAAGUCAAAUUCUUCAACUUUAUUUUGGUUAAGUGUUGUGAAGGUUGUGUGCAAUGAAUUUUUUAUUGAAAUGAGGGAUUGCUCAAAGUUCAAACCUGUAACAAAGAAUUAUUGGCAAGAGCAGAGUAAUUAUUGCUGUUGUAGUUAUUUCCUUGUAGUAAUGUGUCAAAUAUAUAUUUUCUGUACAUAAGGUGUGUAUAUUUGUGUUGUGUAUCAGUGUAUGUACAACUGUACAUAUAAUUAUUAAAAAAAUGUUCUUAAGAUUUUUAAUUGUUUUUAUGCCAAUAUGUAACAAUUUUGUGUAUUUUGACUGUUUUAUUGUAAAAUAAAAAUAUUUUUCUCAGAGUGUGUAGGUAAACUGUUUUGUAACAAUAUACAUUUUACUAAUCUGGUUUGAUGUAACUUACAUUGUGUUUCACUGUAGCGAAGAGUCAUUUUGCUCUCUGGGUGGCUCAGUCAAAGCUGGAAUCAUUGUAUUUGGCUGUGUGGCUUAGUUACGGUAUGUCCCAAUAUUGUGUGACAUGCAAAUGCACGCUAAAUAUGGAGAUUUCAUCCGAGUUAAGUACGUAUGAAUAUGAGUCUGGAAAAAUUUUAAACUUACUUUCAUCUUGGGAAAACCAACUCGAUUAAUUGAAAUUUACUGAGGUCAAUUUGUGUUCAUGUAAAAAAAUAUAAAUAUUAACUUGAUCUCAUUCAUGCAUGCCUAAGUACAAAAACAAGGUAAGUACAUAUGUAACUGCUUUAAAUGACUUCUUACAAUGCUGUAACAUUCUUGUCUCUUUUCUUUAUUGUGUGAAUCUCCCUUCAGCCAUUGAUCUAGCUGCCAGACAUGAUACAGAAAUAAUGCAGUAAUAAAGCACAUGUUUCGCUGUUUGCAACGCAGGAACUAACCUGAAGUACUGUACUACACUAGAACAUGUCUUAGGUAGCAGAGUGAGGUUGGGAAAAACCUGCGUCAUGACUUAACAGAGAAGUGUUACUAGUGAGUAAAAAUGUUCAUACAAAUGAGAAAUCUUGUUCGUCCCAAACUUGCCAUAGUAAUUAAUAAUUUGUGCAUGUGUUGGCAUUAAGGCUUAAUCUCACAGACUGAGUUGUUUAUCAUUUUCUUGUCAAGGGAUUUCCCUGUAACCAUAUUCCGAAAGCUCCCUUUCAUUUAUCUUUGGAUCACAGUUUUUCUCAGCAUAUAAUGACUAAAUGCUAUUUUCGAUCUGUAUUUUGCGCAAGUGAUCGUAAUCAUAAACACCUGCGUUACCUUUUUUUUUAGCUAUCAGAUGAUAUUUAAUAAAGAUCUGGUGAGAAAAUUAUGUGUCCCAACGAUGAAUGUACAGGAGUUAUGAAAAUAGAUUUAGAGUAAAAUCACUCAAAUUGAAGUAACAAUAAGAAAAUGAAACCAUCAGCGUGGUGAUGAGAUUGAGCCUUCAGCAUUAAGUUUUUCAUAGCUGUGUUUCUUCUGAAAUGUAGUUUUUGAGUUCUUACUGAAUUGAGUUACUUUUAUUACCUAUUAUUAUUUUACAAGUGCAAUUCAACUCAUUAGUUUUAAUAGGUCCAGACACACACUCAUUAUUUUGGAAUGAUUAUAGCUCCAACAUAUUAUUAGUUGAAUUUUAAGUUCGCGGAAAUAGUUCAGGUAUUGGAAUUUGAUGUUGAUAAGAAUUGAAAGCAAAGUGUUACUAUCAUGGUCGUAUGCAGGUUCUCUCCUUUUCUGCGAAGGAAAAAAAAUUAAAUGAAACUAGGAGCAAGACCUUUAGUUCGAGAAAAUUUGAAACUUAACCUCACAAACUAUUGUUCAAAUUUUUUUUUUCCCCUUUAGUUAUUGUUACGAUUGUAUGGCUCCUAGGACUCUCCUCCCCCAUGAAAGAAGUUGAAUUUCGAAAAAUGCCCCUCGUGUUUUGAACUGGUAACGCCCGUGUUUACCAACACCAUUUCUGUUUUCAAAGUUACAGCAUCCAGAAACUCGUUAAAAUUUCUGUACGUAUAUAGCUGAAAUGUUAAGUCUUGUUUUUUGGGUUGAAGUCAUGUCACUGCGUGGGUGGUUGUGAAGCAACUUCAAUCCAAAAGCAAGUGUCGACUCAAACAAAUUCCAUUGCCACUAAAUUUAUCAAUGGUGAAAAAAUUUUAGUGUUAACCAUAGUGAAUUUUUGAAAAUGCAAUAGAUUUUUUUUUUAAAAUUAAAACAUAUUAAGGCUUAAUGUAAACUGAUAAAAUUUAAUUUUGUAUAGGAGGGGUGGAGGGAAGGUGAAAUCUUGUACAAUCCUGUAAGGUAUAGGUCAUGAAUGCAACGGCUGAUGUGCCUGAAAUGUGUUCAAGCACACUUUCUUAUGUUAAGGGGAAUAAUGCUAGAGAAUUUCAAUUUUUGUUCUAAUGAGACUUCCCGCGCACCAUGCAUGAUAUGUUUCACUUUAUUUUUAAUAACAUGACACCUGUGAGAAAACAGAACUUAAUCUUUAAAACAGGGUUUUUUUAGGGCUUAUUUAUGAAAUAUAAUUAAAAUACACUAGCAAAUAUUAUUCAGGUUUUUAGUAUAAGUUUUUUUGAAGAAGAUAAUGUAAAACUGAAAAAAAAAGAGUAAUUUUUAAGUAUUAUGUAUAAAGGUAAUGAGAUGUGUUUUGUAUAUCCAGUAUGAAGUAAUAAAUCUUCUAUUUUACGAAUAUGUACCUAUAUGCUUCCACCUGGCUUUGGAGAAUCACUUCCAAAUGGAAGAAUAUCAAGUUUAUCUGAAAAGUUCUUACAGUUCAGGAAUCAUUACUGUUGUGUUCUCUUGGAAAUGCGUGGCUCUGCAGGUCUCGCAAGUUUUUUUGUAGUUAAUCCCUUUCACAAAAACAUUCAUAAUAAGGUUAUUUUUUUAAUUUGAAGAAGGGAACUUGUAUUUUCAUUCACCUUUUGUCCGAGAAUAGUUGAGGUUUUAUCAUCACACCAUUAUGCUCGGGCGCUAAGACGACGAACACUAAGGUGAAGUUGGCUCCGAACCACAGAGUACUGACGUAAUGCUCGUUGAUUUGAGACAUGCUGAGAUGUUGGGAUCCAACCCUUGAAUGUUAAUAUCAGUUCAUAUCCUGGACUUGAUGUGUCUCCCAGAUUAUGGAGCCUGAAUACUUUUAAAUUUAAUGUGCUAUAUAGGAUUGCUGAGAUAGUAAAUUUGUUAUGGUUGGAAAGGGAGGGGGUGUGGGUAGUGGGUAUAGUCAUCUAGGGGGGCUCCAGAUAACCCAAAAUUCUUCAUUUUUCACGUAAAAAACGUAAAACCAUUAAAUUUAUUUUUGUGUUAAUGAAUUGCUUUUUUUAAAAAGUUAGCAUUUAUCCAUGGUUAUAUUUUAUCAUGGAAACAACGCUACAUGUUACUGUUCACAGCAUCUUUUGCAUGAACUUUUUAUAUAUUUUUCCUAAAAGUAUUUUUUGGUUGUACUAUGUUUAAUUUUAUUAUUAGUAUAGUUAAUUUUUUGGUUCUUGAUCUAUUUCUCUUGCUCAUGUGAGAAACUUUCAUUACAUUUGGUUACAUUAUUAUUUUUAUUAUUAUUAUUAUUAUUUAUUCCUAAUUUGGAAAGAAGCAUGUGAAUACAACCUUGAUUCUCUCCUCGUACUUAUGCCCCUGAUUUUAAUUUCAUGGAUACAUAAUCUUAAGUUUUGGACUCACGGGCCAUGUUGAAUUUUUAAUGGUUUCAUCAUAUCUUUUAUUUAAGGUCUUUCUCUUAAAUUUGAACUUGAUACCUUCCUUGUGUUUGUGGUUCUGCUACAAACAUUUUCAACAGAUAUUCACUUAGUGUAAUAUCAGGGGUGUAAAAAGUGGCGCCCAUGAUUAUAAUUAUGUGAAGGCUUGUGCGCCUUUUUACACAUACAAUAUUGCACUUAAGUGAAUAUCAGUUGAAAAUAUUAGUGGCGGAACAAAAAAAUGUAAGGGAGGUAAUGAGUUUGAAUGUUAUAAAAAAACCAAGUAACCCUUAAAAAACAGGUAAUGAGAAAACAAAAAAAAUUAACAUGGUGUGUAAUACUAAACCUUAUAAGAAUGGAUUAAGCGAAAUGGCAAAAGUUUGGGGAUCAAUCAGGCCUUUGCUUUCUACGACGACUUAACAUAUGCUUCGAUAACAGGGUUUAAUUUUAGCAAAACAUUCGUAAAACUCAUUCAUGGACGACACUUGUGAAAAAUCUUAGCCAUGUAAAGUGCUUCUAAAGAAAUAUUAACUUCAAAUGUUCUAGUAUUUGUAUUAAGCUGGUUUCCAGAUUUUGUCAGAUACCGUGUAUAGCGAAACAUUUGCUGACGUCUGCUGCAGAGAUUGGAGGUAACGUAGAAUGUUUCCACCUCCUGACUUGUUAAAUGUAUCUCAGUGAUAGUGCAUUUUUUUUAAAAUUUGAAUUGAAAAGCUUUUUAUAUUUUGGCUUUGUUACAUGGUAAGUCUGCUCACCCGUCCAGAAUGAAUUGUCAAGAGUACCAGCUAUACAUUAUGUAUGUUGUACUUGCUAACAAUCCUAACUAAUAUUGUAUGAUGUAAUUUUAACUAGCGUAAUGUGUUCAGAUGUGAAUUGGGUUUGGGGGGAGGGGGGCACUGUGUUCUAACAGUCUGUGUGAUAGGUAUUGUCUCAUAUUGUACUAGGAUGGCAUUCUGUUGUUAUAUAUGCUCUUCAUAUAGUAAUAUUGAUCUUAAAUGUCAUUGUGUAUUUAAAUAAACAUACAUUUUAUAUCAA